AUGGAUGCGCCCAAUGCUACCCUUGUUAUAAUUAUUGUUCCGUUAAUCGCUCUCCUCCACGAUUUCAUGCGCAAACUAGUAAAUCGCAUAAACAUCAUUGACGCUAGGAGUAACAGACUUGAUGUGCACCUGCUUACUAACGUACACCACCACCUCCAAAAUAACAGAACUGUCUUUAUCCUCGUAACGCCGGAGACGCUAAAUCGGUCUCCAGAUCUCCGUGUUUUCGCACAGGCUGCCGGCUUCCCUGUUGCUUUCAUUUUUGACGAGGCACAUACGGUUCCAAGCUGGGGCCUCGAAUUCCGGGAGGAAUUGCUCCGAGUGGCAGAGACGAUUCGUUUCAUCCCGGAAAGUCAACUCAUCCUCUCUUCGGCUUCAAUUUCUCUCCCCGAUAUAAAAUUUAUUGAGAGAUGCUACGGUGAGGAAAUCGAGACCGUCUUCACCCAAUUAUUCAUCCGUCGUAACGUCAAGUAUACGGUUCUUCCCGUACAAACGUUACCAGGUGGAAAAAAAUCUCUUCAAAAAUUCAUUUCCAGCUUUAACGACAUUGCGAAUUUUUUAAACGACCGUUUCCCUCAUGAUUCGGUUAUCGUCUUCAUUGAAAAUAAGAAACAGGUAAACACGUUAGCUGCCGGGCUGAACGGUAUCGGUUUUCCUGUCGUACGCUACCAUAGCGACAUGACUCCCAACGGCAAAACUGUUGCUAUGGACAGCUGGUUAGGUGGUAAUCCUCGUUUUAUUAUUGCGAAGUCGGCAAUAUCUCUUGGCGUAGAUGGUGAACGAUGCGUCGGUACCGUACAUUUCGGGCAGGCCUCUUCUAUCUACAACCUGAUCCAGGAAACAGGUCGUGUAGGUAGGAAAGGACAGCCAUCGGAGUGCAUUACGGUCACCGAUGCGUCGUUCACCUACAAUAAGCUGUGUUCCACCAUCGAAUUCCAUCAAAAGCGGGUUGAAAAGAUUCCGGUAAAGACGAUCCUGGCUGGCAACGCUGAAUUGUUGGCCUGGGCAGCAACGACCCAACGAUUAAUGUGCAUACCAGCCAUGCUCCUGAAAUUCGUGGACCCUUACAUCGAACCCGCUCCGUGCGGAAUAUGCACGGUCUGCUUGACACCAGCGAAAGGUCUUCAACUUCCGGGGCUGGAGGAGGUCCUGAAACGACUGCUGCGUCGAACGACGUAUUUACGCGAUACGCGGAAAGGUUGCUUGUUGACUUUGGCAAAAUUCUUAUCAGGUCCAACUUCAGCAUUUGCGGAGCGCAAUUUUCUGGAGGAAUACCCUGAACGUUCUAUUUUCAAACAUUACAGUGUUCAGGUAAUCCUCCAGAAUAUUGCGCUUCUUAUUGCGAAAGGCCGGUUAAAACCCAAUGUUACUCUCGACGAUAAUACUUUCGAAGCGACGAACUUUCACUUCGUCGAGUAA